AAAAAAAAAAAAAGUAUCGAUGAUUUUUUUUUCUUUUUUCAGAUAAUACUUCACUUUUUAAUAUAAGUAAAAGAAAAAAAAAUACAUCUUUUUUCCUUUUUAUUCUUGAGUUAUAAAAAAUGAAAAGAGGAGUUACAUACCUGACUACGCUUAUAUCAAUCAUCUUUUUAUAUUCUAUAUCUUUGUAUUUUGUUUCAAGACCAUCAUCAAGUGGAUGUUUCAGUUCGCUUACAAAUGGAAGAUCAGGAUUAAUAAAUAAUAGAGAAGAAGUCAAUACUACUUUUAUACAGCUUCCUCUUUCUUUUAAUAAUAAUUUAAUCGACAAAUAUACGAUUGUUGAUAUUAAACCGACUUGUGAUAAAAUUCCAGUUUAUAAACAAAAAGAAAAGGCAGUUAUCGUCAUAUUAGUUAGAAAUAAUGAACUUCAACCUAUGAGACGUACACUAAGGCAAUUUGAAGAUCGCUUCAAUCGUAAAUAUAAUUAUCCAUUUGUCUUUUUAAAUGAUGAACCUUUUACUGAUGAAUUCAAAAGGGCUAUAUCUGCAAUGACAGAUGCUAGUAUUAAAUUUGGUCUCGUACCUAAACAUAUGUGGUCUGUACCAGAUCAUGUUAAUCAAACAGUAAUGAAUCAUCAACUACGCGAUUAUGCUUCUCGUAAUAUCAUGUAUGGUGGAUCUCUAUCCUAUCGUCAUAUGUGUCGUUUUAAUUCAGGUUUCUUUUAUCGUCAUCCACUCUUAGAAGAAUAUGACUAUUACUGGCGUGUAGAGCCAGGCGUUGAAUUUUAUUGUGACCUUGAUUAUGAUCCAUUCAGAUUUAUGAGAGAAAAUAAUAAAGAAUAUGGUUUUACAAUUACACUUCAAGAGAUUCCUGAAACAAUUCCUUCACUUUGGGAUCAUACAAUCCGAUUUGCCCAUCAACAUGAACUUAAUACAACUUUAUUAAGAUUCUUUGGUAAUCCAAAAACUGGCUACAACUUGUGUCAUUAUUGGUCCAACUUUGAAAUUGCUAGCUUAAACUUUUGGAGAAGCAACGAUUAUCAAGCUUAUUUUGAUUAUCUUGACAGUACAGGCAAUUUCUUUUAUGAAAGAUGGGGUGAUGCGGCUGUUCAUAGUUUAGCAGCAGGUCUCUUUUUAAACAAAAGUCAGGUUCAUUUCUUUAAUGAUAUUGGUUAUAAACACGAUAAUUUUGCUCAUUGUAUUGAUGACGGUAUUUAUGGAAAGUGCAUGUGUCCAGAGAAUGUAGCAAAUUUUGAUAAUCAAUGGGGAUCUUGUCUUUCAUCUUGGAAACAAUAUCCUGAAGAAGGAUAUCCUUGGAGUUUCUCUAAAGAUUAUCUUCCCAAUCAAGUUGUUUAAACUAAUGCUGUUAUAAAUAUAUCAUUUAUGAAAAAAAAAAAAACUCUCACUCUUUUAUAUUUACUGCUACUACUACUUUAUGGACGAUAUUUACUUGUAUUUAUUAUUAGUCUUUAGAUGGUUAUCAUAUCCAACAACACAUAUGCCCAAUAUAAUUACUGAUUAUUUUUUUUUUUAAUAAAACAAAGGUUAUCAUAUACUUGAAACGAACAUAAUAAAUACUCUUUUUUCAAUUUAA